AUGAUUAACCGGGCCCGGCUGCGCCCCCGCCGCCUCGCGGGGCCACGCGGGGCCCGGGGCCGCGGCGGGGCCGGAGCGGGGCCGGGCCCGAGCGGCGGCAGUUGGGACCCCGCGGGCACCGGCGCGUCUCCGCGGAUGGACGGUGACCCGCCCGCCGGGCCGCAGGGCCCCGCAGCGCGGGCAGCGGAGCAGGGGGAUGGCAGCGGGGCAGCCGGGGCGCUGCCCACCCCCGGCACCGCCGGCGAGCCCCCCGCGGGCCGCGGGGACAGGCCCGUGGCGCCGUCGGUGGUCACCAGCUCAGCCUUCGAGGGGGCCCCUCCGCCCUACUCGCCCCCGGACCCCAAGAGCUUUCACCUCCUCUACCCGCCGUUCCCAGCCGGCUACUCCCAGCAAGGGCCUUUCAUUUACCAGCCGCGGCCGGGACCGCGGCCCUUCCCGGGCCCGGGCUUCCCACCCGGGCCCCUGCCCUACCCCACGUACAACCCGCAGCCGGGCGCGGGGCCCUCGCCCGCCGGCCGCGGGCAGCCCCUGCCCAAGGACUACAUGGUGGAGUCGGUGCUGGUGACGCUCUUCUGCUGCCUGCUCACCGGGGUCAUGGCCCUGGUCUACUCCCACGAGACCCGCUCUGCGCUGGCCCGCGGGGACGUGGCCCAGGCGUACGCGGCGUCCAGAAAGGCUCGGUCCCUGGUGCUCUUCAGCCUCCUCUUCGGGCUGUUCGCCUCCAUCACCUGGAUCAUCUACGUCCUGGUGUCCCUGCACCUGUGACAAGGACCCUGUGCCAAGAACUCCUCGUGGCUCGCCACCUGCGGGGGCACGGGCAGGUGGAGUUGCCACAGCCUCGUGUGGAAACGGGUGAGAACGAAGCGUGACUGGGGCUGCGGGGCAGCGUCCGUCCCUGCUGGGGGCCAGGAGCUGCCCCGGAGCCUUCAGCCCUGCGAGCCCCGGCAAGCGGGAGGAGCCGGAGCAGGGAGAUGCCGGUGCUGGAUCCAGCUCUGGGCAGGGAGCUGUGUGGGACCCACGGGCGCGGUCAGGCUCUGCUGCAGGAUGCUGAAUCCCAUUGCUGUGGGCUGUCAAUGGGACUCUGGGGCAGAGGGAGCAGCUCGUAGGAUUGGGGUUGGAGGUGGAGCAGUGUGGGAAGCCUCGCUGAUCAUUAAUAGUGUGAGAAGAUACAAACCCAUGCAGUCCUACAGGAAUUCUGCACACAGACACACAC